AUGGCCACGUUGCAAGUACCGCUGAGAGGAAAGGCAGGAGGCUCGCCCGUCACAAAAGCCGUCAUUCUCGUGUGUAUCAGGCGUCGCUGGCAGAGGCGCAUAUGCUAAGACUACGAUAGGUCGGAGGUCCUUCGAGAGGCACCAGAUUCCGACCCCUGUCCCUCGACUUGCCCAAGGUAAGCCCAAUGCGCCCACUGCUCUAAGUCCUCUCCGAGCAAAGAUUGAUACCAGUCAGCCUCUUUUCGAGGUCGCGGGCCACCCCAUCAUCGAGCACUGCUUCGCCGCGAUUGCCAAGGUCCCCGAGAUCCGCGAGGUCUUCAUCGUCGGAUACUACGACGAGAGCGUAUUCCGAGACUUCUUUAAGGAUUGCGCAAGGACCCAUCCCCAGAUCAGCGUCCGCUACCUACGUGAAUACCAAGCACUGGGUACUGCCGGCGGUCUCUACCACUUCCGCGAUGCUAUCCUCAAGGGAAGACCCGACCGCUUCUUCGUCCUCAACGCCGAUGUCUGCUGCUCCUUCCCGCUGGAGCAGAUGCUGAGAUUGUUCGAAGAGAAGGAUGCCGAGGCGAUCAUUCUAGGAACACGAGUCCCCAACGAUGCGGCUACCAACUUCGGUUGCAUAGUCAGUGACGCGCACAGCAAGAGAGUGCUGCAUUAUGUGGAGAAGCCAGAGUCACACAUAUCCAAUCUCAUCAAUUGCGGCGUGUACCUCUUCGCGACCGAGGCCAUCUUCCCUAGUAUCAAGAGCGCGAUCAAGCGUCGAACAGACAGGCCCCGACUCGUCUCAUACCCCUCCUCGGACGCCCUCGAUUCGCAGUACGUGGCACCCACUGACGACGAUGAUGGGGAGAAGAACGAGGUCAUUCGUCUGGAACAGGACAUUCUCUCAGACCUGGCCGACAGUCGGCAAUUCUUCGUCCUCGAGACCAAGGAUUUCUGGCGUCAGAUCAAGACGGCGGGCUCUGCGGUACCUGCAAAUGCUCUCUAUCUCAUGAAGGCUUUCCAAACGCAAUCCGAGGAGCUAGCGAAGCCAUCCGCCAACAUUCUUCCCCCGGUCUUCAUUCACCCUUCUGCCCAGGUGGAUCCUACGGCGAAGCUGGGCCCGAACGUGUCCAUUGGACCUCGCGCCGUGAUUGGUCCUGGUGUACGAAUCAAGGAAGCAAUUGUGCUUGAGGAUGCGGAGAUUCGACACGACGCCUGCGUGCUGUACGCCAUUGUGGGUUGGAGCAGCCGUGUCGGCGCAUGGGCAAGAGUUGAGGGCACGCCAACGCCAGUCCGAGAGCACAGUACGAGCGUCAUCAAGAACGGCGUCAAGGUCCAGAGUAUUACCAUUCUGGGCAAGGAGUGCGCUGUUGCAGAUGAGGUGAGAGUGCAAAACUGCGUCUGCCUGCCGUUCAAGGAGCUUAAGAGGGUGAGUACACCAUCCAUCCUGCCAUCUUGAAGGCUAUGACACUGACUGAUCUUGCAGGAUGUCGCCAACGAAGUGAUUAUGUAG